GGAAAGAGCCUCAUUCACUGCAGCGUUUCAAUAUAUCUCAAGAAAGCGAAUAAAUUAUGUGGAUCAGUAUUCUUAGUUUGAUCUACUUCGUUGCAGCAGCAAGCACCUGCGAAUGCUUUCAAGUCACAAGCAGCGUCUCUUUUGUCAGUAGCAAUCUAUCGGCUCGCGGCUCUCCCUUACAGAGUGCGAGGUCAUGUAUAGGCGACGAACCUCCCCAGCUGAAGGACGUUGAGCAAAACCGUCGAAGUGCUCUUUCAGUUCUCAUCGGAGGUUCUCUCGCUUUCAUGCCGGGCCCCAUUAACGCUAAUGCUCUCGAUAUGGAUGCCUUUGCAAAUCGGGAACUUGAAAACGACAAGAAAAAUUGUGAUCCGAAACGUGACCCCAAAUGUGCCCCGGCGAUGACUGCAGACGAGGCCAUGUGCAAAUACGGGCAGAGUGGCGAAAAGCGAGGCGAAGCUUGUAAGCGUGUCAAAGAAGGGGGUGGCAGCCUAAAUAAGGGAGGCUCCCAGGGAAAAUCCUUGGGUGGAGCCUAUGCUAUGUAGCCCUUUUCUCAAUAGAGAAUUGCGAUGAUAAUAACAAAUCAUCGUGUAAUUCUAGCUCACAUAAUAGAGAGGCAGAUUCAGUCUCGAUAACCUUGAACCAAUAAAGUUUACUUUAAUGGAAUGUUAUGGUAGUU